CAUCGUUUCUUAUGAGUUCUUAGUGCUAUUUUAAUGGAGUCUUCUUCUUUGAGUUCUUUGCUAUUAUUCCACGUGUGUUUUUUCCUAUGUCUUGCCCCACCGUUAUUAGCAACAAGCUCAGUCGUCAACGCAAAUACUUCUUCUAAUACGAACACAACGAAGCACAACCAUAUAUGGAUCGGACCCAUCGGCCACCGGUUGAUUACUGUCGAUAUUAAAGGGUCGGGUCAUUUCCGGUCAGUCCAAGAUGCUGUUGAUGCAGUCCCGGAGAAUAAUAGGAAGAAUGUUCUGAUUCAAAUCAGCCCGGGAAAUUACGUAGAGAAGGUGGUGGUGCCGGAGACAAAGCCAUACAUAACGUUUCAAGGUGGUGGCAGAGAGUCGACGUUCGUAGAGUGGCAUGACAGAGCCUGUGAUCGUGGGGCCAACGGGCAACAGUUGCGUACUUAUCGAACUGCUUCCGUCACUGUAUAUGCUAAUUAUUUCUCUGCCAGAAAUAUCAGCUUCAAGAAUACAGCACCGGCACCGAAGCCGGGAAUGCAAGGAUGGCAAGCAGUGGCGUUCCGGAUAUCGGGGGACAAGGCUUAUUUUUCGGGCUGUGGAUUCUACGGUGCGCAAGAUACUCUCUGCGACGAUGCUGGUCGUCAUUACUUCAAACAAUGUUAUAUUGAGGGCUCAAUCGACUUCAUCUUUGGCAACGGCCGUUCCAUGUACAAGGAUUGUGAGGUACACUCAAUAGCAACAAGAUUCGGAUCCAUAGGGGCCCAUGACAGAAACAGAGCAGAUGAGAAGACAGGGUUCGCAUUUGUGAACUGUACUGUGACGGGUACUGGUCCGAUUUAUGUGGGUCGGGCCAUGGGUCAAUACUCGAGGAUUGUCUACGCUUAUACUUACUUCGAUGACCUCGUCGCUCACGGUGGCUGGGACGACUGGGGCCAUGUUAACAACAACAACAAGACAGUCUUCUUUGGAGUGUAUAAAUGUUGGGGUCCUGGAGCAGCGACGGUAUCAAGGGACAGGGAGUUAGAUUUUGAGACAGCCCAUCCAUUUUUGGCUAAGAGUUUUGUGAAUGGAAGACACUGGAUCGCACCAUCAGAUGCUUAGCCCCAACACUCACUAUCAUCUUAUAUACUCUAAUCAUCUUGUUUUUUUCCCUUCAAAUUUCAUU